UGCACCACAUUUGUUUCUUUUCUUCUCAACUUGAGGUAAAUAAUUGUCAAUGUUCAAGAUGCUGGUUUCUUCAACUGUUGCGGUUUUGUCGCUUCUAUGUGUACAAGCAACCGCGAUUUCACCAAGAGAUUUGGCUGAAAGUUACAAUAAUCUUGAUUCCUUCAUUGCUUCUGAGAGAAAAAUUGCCCUUCAGGGUGUUCUCAACAAUAUUGGACCAGAUGGGUCGAAAGCAUCAGGAGCAGGCAAUUAUGUCAUUGCAAGUCCUUCGAAGGCCAACCCUGAUUACUUUUAUACCUGGACGCGAGAUUCGGCGUUGACGUUAAAAAUGCUUGUUGAUGAAUUUAUCUUUGGCAAUCGUGCACUCCAACCUCAAAUUGAGAAAUACGUCAAAGCUCAAGCCAUCCUUCAAACUGUCACGAAUCCUUCUGGCACAUUUCUUCCUAAUGGUCUAGGACUCGGUGAACCUAAAUACGAGGUUGAUGGUACUCGAUUUAAUGGUGCAUGGGGUAGACCCCAACGUGAUGGUCCAGCUCUUCGUGCCAUCGCUCUAAUGGCCUAUAGCAAUUGGUUGAUAAACCAUAGUCAGCUUCAAAGAGCCAAGCUAGUCAUAUGGCCUAUCAUCGCAAAUGACUUAUCAUAUAUUGGCGAGUACUGGAACGAGACCGGAUAUGAUUUAUGGGAAGAAGUUCUGGGAUCUAGUUUCUUUACCUUACAAAAUCAGCACCGUGCUUUUGUUGAGGCCGGGAAUCUGGCCAAUAAGCUCGGUGUUGAAUCUCCAGGAUAUCUCAAUGCAUUAGAAGCUCUAUGUUUCCUCAAUCAGAGUUUUUGGAACGGAGAAUAUAUCGUCUCGAACAUAAAUACUAAUAACAGAAGAACCGGGCUAGACGGGGCCUCUAUUCUUGGAUCGAUUUCUAUCUUCGAUAUUGAUGGAUCUUGUGAUAGUCCAAAUUUACAACCUUGUAGUAGCAGAGCGUUGUCUAAUUUUAGGGCAGUUGUGAAUAGCUUCCGAAUUUAUGGUAUCAAUGCUGGUAUCAAAAACAACUCAGGCGUCGCUGUUGGAAGAUAUGCCGAAGAUGUUUAUCAAGGAGGAAACCCAUGGUACUUACUACUGCUGCUGCAGAAUUUCUCUACGAUGCUGUUGCACAAUGGAAGAAUCACAAAAAACUCACCGUCGAUUCAACAUCCAUCAAUUUCUUCCGCGAUCUUUACCCAUCCAUAAAACUUAAGAGUUACACAAAUAGGGAUAACGAGUUUAGCAAAAUUCUUAACGUCGUAACAACUUACGCUGACUCUUUUGUCGCAAUUGCUCGAAAAUAUACACCCAGCAAUGGAUCUCUAGCCGAACAAUUCGACCGCAACACAGGAGCCCCCAUUUCCGCCAAUGACCUAACAUGGAGUUACGCAGCAUUUGUCACCAUGGCUCAAAGACGUUCCGGUCAAUAUCCUGCCAGUUGGGGAAGUGCGGCAGCAGCAGUUCCACCCCCAAAUUGCGCAUCUUCAUCUUCUCAAGGAGUGUAUGUUCCAGCCAUUGCAGCAGGGGCCCCAAAUGUAACGGUAACAUGUCAAUAUCCAGUGCGAUUCUAUGUUAAUGCUACAACAUAUUAUGGCGAAAAUCUUUACAUUAUUGGAAAUUCCACGGAUUUGGGAGCAUGGAAUUUGAACAGUGCGUUACCUAUGAAUGCAGGGAUGUAUACGACGGAUAACCCUAUUUGGUAUGUGGAUGCGCAAUUGACGGCUGGAGAGCCGGUUAGUUACGUUUAUGUGAGGGAACAAGAUUGCGGUCAAGCUCCGAUUUAUGAGACGAAGAAUAGAACAAGUGUGGUUCCGGAAUGUGGCACUGGUGGGUCGACGAUCAGACGUGAUGUGUGGGUGGGCAGUGGAGGAAGUAGUGGAAGGUGUUAG